AUGCAACCGCAUCUCUACCCCACCGACACAGCUAAAAUAGCGUUCAUAAUCUCCCAACUGCAAGGCAAGGCUCUCCAGUGGGCCGACUCUCUCUGGACUCAGAAAGGCUCCGUGGUUAAAUCAUACUCUUCAUUCGUCGCCCACUUCCGCAAAGUCUUUGGAACCCCCUUGGCUGAUUCUUCUAUUGGUGAGAAACUCUAUAACUUAAAACAAGGAUCAAAAUCUGUGACUGAUUAUGCCUUGCAGUUCAGGACGUUGGCCGCUAGCAGUGGAUGGAAUGAACAAGCCCUCAUCACCUCAUUUCGUCAGGGGUUGGAACCCAGAAGGUUCUCCCCACUCAGUGACGCACCCACUGAGAAUCCUGUUGAAAGUGCCCUAGUAAUUGGCGAUUCUAUUACACGGAACGUGAAAAUAGAGACACCAGCCACCAUAGUCACAUGUUUGCCGGGAGCCAGAGCACCUGACAUCAAAGCAAAUUUAAAAGUGCUGGCUAAUGCUAAUCAUAAAUACUCUAAAAUUAUUAUUCACGUCGGCACAAAUUAUGUUCGACUUCGCCAGUCAGAGAUCACUAAAAUUAACAUUAAAGAGGUGUGUGAACUCGCAAGUACAAUGUCAGGAGAAGUAAUUUGCUCUGGUCCCCUUCCUGUUCGUCGGAGUGAUGAGAUAGUUAGUAGAUUAUCAUCACUCAAUGGCUGGCUGUCUAAGUGGUGUCCGCAGAAUAAUAUAGGUUUCAUAGAUAAUUGGAAAAGUUUUUGGGGCAGACCUGACCUGUUGAAAAGAGAUGGUAUUCAUCCUUCCCGGGAUGGUGUUGCUCUUCUCUCUAGUAAUAUGGCACAUAGU